AUGACUACCAGCCCUCGCUUCUACGAGCAGCCUCAGGGCUUCGACUGGCUCGACGCCAUGUCGAGAAAUAAAGCAUUCUACGACCCACGAACCAUCGAGGUAAACACUGAUGCAAUCCUUGCACCACGACCUCGCCUAUCUUCUUGCUCUGGGGGACUAACCCCCCGAGCCCUCGCUGCCCUGCCCUCGACAGACCACAAGGCUGUCAUCUCAAAGUGGGCACAGGAAACUUCAGAUUCUCCCAUUCGCAAAUCUGGGGACGACAACAACACCGAUACCGACUUCACUGAAAACGAUGAAAGUGAUGUCGCAUCGGUUACCUCAUCCACUGUCUGUACCUCCAUCGACAGUGAUAUCCAACUUGAGGCCAAACCUCCCUUCCCUCAACAGAGACCAGCAACUAGUGCUCUGUUUGAUUUGCGAACUCAAAUUUGCCAAGCAGGUGAUCCCAAAAAGGGACGGAGUCAGACUGCCUGUGCGAAAUUUGCCGAAGAUGAUUACAUGUAUUCGCCAUUCGAGGACAUCGAGAUACCUUCCAUGGCCUUGUCUUCCACCGUAUCCGCGUCUUCUUUCACAGCCUCUACCGGGGAACUGAAUAUUGGGAAGCUCCUCGCAGGUAAAGUGCGACAAGUGGUAUCUCACCGUUCGUCGGCAUGCAAGAAGUUCAAGAAAAUGUUCAAGCAUUAA